UUUCCUUUUGCUUUCGUUCUCGUCCACAGGGCUGUCACCGAUCCGCGUGAUGGACGCCGGGUCGCACUCAAGAAGCUGCCCAACGUUUUCCAGUCGCUCGUGUCCUCGAAGCGUGUUUUCCGGGAGCUCAAGAUGCUCUGCUUCUUCAAGCACGAAAAUGUACUAUCUGCAUUGGACAUCCUGCAACCGCCACAUUUGGAUUUCUUCCAGGAAAUCUACGUGAUUACGGAACUGCUUCAGUCAGAUCUGCACAAAAUCAUCGUUUCACCGCAGCACCUUUCCGCUGACCACAUCAAAGUGUUCCUGUACCAAAUCCUGCGCGGCCUGAAGUAUCUCCACUCGGCACGCAUCCUUCACCGGGACAUCAAGCCCGGCAACCUGCUGGUAAACAGUAACUGUGUUCUGAAGAUUUGUGAUUUUGGGCUGGCGCGCGUCGAGGAACCGGAUCAAUCGAAGCACAUGACGCAGGAAGUCGUCACGCAGUACUACCGUGCGCCGGAGAUUCUGAUGGGCGCCCGCCAUUACUCGGCCGCCGUCGAUGUUUGGUCGGUCGGUUGCAUUUUCGGUGAGCUGCUCGGGCGGCGCAUUCUCUUCCAGGCACAAAGUCCUGUACAGCAGCUUGAACUGAUCACCGAACUGCUCGGUACGCCAUCGCUGGAGGAUAUGCGGCAUGCUUGCGAGGGCGCCAGAAGCCACAUGCUGCGGAGGGCACCGAAGCCUCGGUCACUGACCGCACUGUACACGUUGAGCACCCAUGCCACACACGAAGCCGUACAUCUGCUCUGCCAAAUGCUCGUCUUCGAUCCGGACAAAAGAAUAUCCGUAAUCGAUGCGCUAGCACAUCCGUACGUCGACGAGGGUCGGCUUCGUUACCAUUCCUGCAUGUGUAAGUGCUGUUACACCACAUCCGCCGGCAUGCGUCAGUAUACUGGUGAGUUUGAGCCAUCGGCAACUCAAGCAUUUGACGACCUAUGGGAACGCAAGCUAACCUCAGUGCAGCAAGUGAAAGAGGAAAUGCACAAAUUCAUUGCCGAACAGCUACAAACGGGCCGUGUGCCACUCUGUAUAAAUCCCCAAAGCGCUGCAUUCAAAUCGUUCGCUAGCAAUAAUCAUCACAUAUCACCAUCAUCCAAUCAUCAUCAGUAGCAAGCAGGCGGAAUAAACCGAUGCCACGGGUAGUAGUCCCGCGAAUGAGACGUGGAUGUGAAACGGGGUGGUGGUACACUGAUCUGUUUGCUCUACGAAAAAGGUGCAAGCAAGCACACGAGAGAGAGAGAGAGAGAGGGAGAGGUGGAUGUUCGAGACAUUAGGCGCCUCCAUCGUUGAGUUGAGGUGUGUGACGUUUCGCUCACUGUAUUACCGCGAAAUGCGAUAGCAAACUUUAACCCCAAAAAUAUGCAACCCGGGGAUGUGGUCGUGUGUAUGCGUGUCUAUAAUGGCACGAUAAAGAAGAGAAGGCAAGCGGAACUUGGCGGAACGAAAGCACACACACCGAAAAUCGAAGUCCAAAAUUUGCACGGCUGCAUUCCAUUAGCGAGAUGUGGUCCUGUUUUGUGCACGCCAUUGUCAUUAUGAUUUGUUACACCAUUGCAACAUGACGCGAAUCCACCAAGAUCAACAAAGAUAGGAAUUGAAGAUCACUACUCAACCUUCACUCGCACAAAGGAGCAGUUCCUUCGACGCCAAGACCAAGAAAUGCAAACGAAACUUCACUUCUUCUUCACGAGAGCAACAACGACCCUUUUUGGACGCGAAUCUGGUGGGAAAUGAAUGGAACAGGUCCAAGACUAGCCCCACCUACCAUCGGUCACCAUAACUACCACACUAUGCACUUGCGUUGAUGCUCCGUCUCUUAUAUCCUCCCCGGUACGUCUUCCUCAAUCUUUGGGGAUUGUCAAAAAUGGCGGUCUGGUUUUGUGUCUAGCUGUGCCACAUUGGAUAUGGCGUUGGUGGAUAUCAAUCGACGGGACUUCAAAUCCAUCCACAAGUCUUCGAAUUUUCGCAAAUAG